CGUGUAACACCUGUCUUCAUUUCAAAGGCAACGUGUUUCCUAAAAUAUUUCGCCUGUCGAAUUAACCACGGUCAUGACAAUUGUUUGGUUACGGUGAUUUUGACAGCUCGAAAGCAAUUAGCAUGUAGUCAAGCUUUGUCUACAAACAUCACUGCUUAUUCACUUUGCUUUGUUUUUGAGUAUAAUGCGAAAGGAACGAAGCACGUUUCAUAACUACUUGAGCCUUUCUAUGUAUGUUUUUGUACGUAUAGGUAUAUACAUAUGCGUAACAAAAUUAAUUACUCAUAAAUCAAAAUAAUGUUUCUAUCUACCGUUUGAUAAUGUUUUUUUCCGCACGUAACCAAUAUUCGAAUAGUUUAGAUAGGACAAUGUUACCUAUUGUUUUUUUUAUCAGGAAAACAAGGUAAAUACGUCGACAACUUCGAUCCUGCAUGCUUUCGAUAUCAGUCCUCAAGAAGUAAUGGACGUGUGUAAGGUCGGACUGUAAUAUAAAUAUUGUUUUUUUUUAUUGUUUUUUUGUGGAAGUUGAUUCAAGAUGGGAUUAGAUGAACAAGAAUCCAUUAGAAUGGAGGAAAAAGAACAAAUGAAGAAGAAGAAUACAGGAGACAGCGAUGCGUUGGAGAACGUGCUGUACCACGUCGGUGGUAUGGGUCUCUACCAGAGGCUGCUGUUCCUCUCGAUGCUGCCAGUCGGUAUCUUUUUCGCUUUCAUCUACUUCGGGCAGAUGUUUAUCACGGCCACGCCGCAGCAGCACUGGUGCCAUGUGCCGGAGUUGGCGCACUUGGAUUUGGAGACCAGACGCAAUCUGUCAGUGCCGCGCGUUGGUGAUGGAUGGGCGCAGUGCGCGGUGUACGCGGCCAACUGGAGCCGCGUGCUGGACGCCAUGCAACCGCCGGAGCCCGACACACCCACGAUACCCUGCAAGUACGGCUGGGACUUCCAACUGGGAGAUAUUCCUUAUCACACUGUCGUCAGUGAGCGGGGAUGGGUGUGCGAGUACUCCGGCUACGCUCCUCUUGCACAAACCAUAUAUUUCGUGGGCUCUCUAGUGGGAGGAUUAUUCUUCGGUUGGAUGGCCGACCGCUUCGGGAGAGUGCCUGCGUUGGUUGGUACUCAUUUAGUAGCAUGCGUGGGCGGAUUGGGGACGAUUUACACGACUGGCGUUUGGGACUUCAUCUUCUGUAGAUUCCUCGUGGGAAUGGCUUUUGACAACAACUUCAUGAUGUUGUAUAUACUUGUAUUAGAAUACGUUGGGCCUCGUCACAGGACGUGGGUGGCGAGCAUGGCAACGGCCCUAUUCUUCGGCGGCGGCUGCCUCUUGCUGCCCUGGAUCGCCUAUUUUAUAUCGGACUGGCGCAAGUUCCUAUGGGCAACCUCCUUGCCGAUGGCUGUCUGCGUGUUUGUGCCUUUUGUCAUUCCUGAGAGCGCAAGGUGGCUUGCAUCGCGAGGAAAAGUCGAUCAAGCAGUUAAGAUCCUGAAGAGAAUUGAGAAGAUCAACGGAACGAAGGUCCCUGAAGAUGUUAUGGAUGAAUUUCGUAUGUCCUCAAGACAUACACGACAGUCGAGGGAAUCACUGAUUGAUCUAUUCAGAAGUGGUCCUCUUCGCAACAUGAUUAUAUAUAUGGUGGUGAUCUAUAUGGCGUGUGCGAUGAUGUUUGACGGUCUCGUGCGCAUGUCCGAGGGUUUGGGCCUCGACUUCUUCAUCACCUUUACCCUCACCUCGGCCACAGAAAUACCCUCGGUGACUUUCGUCGCUAUAGUUCUAGACAGAUGGGGACGAAGGAAAUUAACAAUCGGCCCUAUUGUUACUGCUGGGGUAUUCACUUUAGUUGCAGCCUUUUUAUCCAAAGGCGUGCCGCAGGUGGCGCUGGCGAUCGCGUCUCGGUUCAUGAUCAAUAUAUCGUACACGGCGAUGGUGCAGUGGAGCGCCGAGCUGGUGCCGACUGGCGCGCGCGCCUCGGGCUCCGCACUCAUACACGUCAGCGGGUACAUCGCAACUAUGAUGUCACCGUUCAUAGUAUAUUCGGAGCGAGUUUGGAGCCCCCUACCACUAUUGAUUUUGGGCGGCACUGCGCUGGUGGCUAGUAGCUUCGCCUUCCUUCUGCCGGAGACGAUGGGCCGGCCCAUGCCGCAGACCAUGGAUGAAGGGGAGAGAUUCGUCCGGUCGCACACCGUGUGCGGAAAAGCUGAGAACAAAGAUGAUUAUAAGUACGAGAAAAGGGAUGCCUUCAUCACGUAGGUGAUACGCUGUGGGAAAUUGACGUCACACAUAUUCCAAGCUCACGAAAUCAUUGGAAAUCUGUAGUUCAAUUUAUAGAUAGCAUAUAGUAGUUACUGUGAUACUAAGUCAAUUUUCUAGAAUAAAUAUUUAUUAUAUUAACAA